AUGUGUGGAAUUUACGCUGCUUUCAGACAACCUGACGUUGAGCAAUUCAAAGAAAAGGCGUUGCAAAACUCCAAGAGAAUCAGACAUCGGGGACCAGAUUGGUCUGGUAACGUGAUCCAAAACGAUACCAUCUUAUGCCACGAAAGAUUGGCCAUUGUGGGCUUGGACAGUGGUGCCCAGCCCAUCGUGUCUCCCGAUGGCAACUUCACGUUGGCUGUCAACGGAGAAAUCUACAAUCACAUAAAGUUGAGAGACGAACUCAAAGAUUACCAGUUCAAAUCUUUGAGUGACUGUGAACCCAUCAUUCCUUUGUUCCAAAAAUACGAUACCGAUGCUCCCAAGUACUUGGACGGGAUGUUUGCCUGGGUUUUAUAUGACAAGAAGAACGAUAGAAUCGUGGCUGCCAGAGACCCCAUUGGUAUCACCACUUUGUACAUGGGUAAGAACUCCAAAUCGCCAAGAACCAGAUAUUUCGCCUCCGAGUUGAAGUGUAUGACCGACGAAUGUGAUGAGAUCAUCGCUUUCCCUCCCGGCCAUGUUUACGACUCAGUCACCGACAAGAUGGUGAGAUAUUUCACUCCCAGCUGGUGGGAGGAAUCUAAGGUUCCAACCGCUCAUGUCGACUACAAGCAGGUGAGAGAGUCGUUGGAAUUGGCUGUGAGAAAGAGAUUGAUGGCUGAAGUGCCAUAUGGGGUGUUGUUGUCGGGAGGAUUGGAUUCUUCUUUGAUUGCUGCUAUUGCUGCCAGAGAAACCCAAAAGGCAAACUCCAAGCAGUCCAGUGAAGGUAUCGAUGCCAACAAAGAAUUGUCGGGUGUAGACGAGUCAGGCUCGUUGCACACGGCUGGAUUCUCCAGAUUGCAUUCGUUUGCCAUUGGUUUGCCUGGAGCCCCUGAUUUGGUGGCUGCUGAAAAAGUGGGCCACUUUAUUGGUACCAUUCACCACUCCCACACCUUCACGUUGGAAGAAGGCUUGGACGCUUUGAACGACGUCAUCAGCCACUUGGAAACCUACGAUGUCACUACCAUCAGAGCCUCCACUCCUAUGUAUUUAUUGUCCAGAAAAAUCAAGGCUCAAGGUGUCAAGAUGGUGUUAUCUGGUGAAGGUUCGGAUGAGAUCUUCGGAGGAUACUUGUACUUUGCGGCGGCUCCAUCUGCCAAGGACUUCCAUGAAGAGUGUGUCAAGAGAGUCAAGAACUUGCACUAUGCCGAUUGCUUGAGAGCCAACAAGUCUACCAUGGCUUGGGGUUUGGAAGCCAGAGUUCCUUUCUUGGACAAACAGUUCCUUGAAGUGUGCAUGAACAUCAACCCAGAAGACAAGUUGAUCAACCAAAAGGAGGGUAGGAUUGAAAAGUACAUCUUGAGAAAGGCUUUUGAUACUUCUGACGAUCCAUCUGCCAAACCAUACUUACCAGAAGAAAUCUUGUGGAGACAAAAGGAGCAAUUUUCUGACGGGGUAGGAUACUCUUGGAUUGACGGGUUAAAGGAUGCCGCCGAAGCUGCUGUUUCAGAUGAAGAAUUGGCCAACCCUAAACCUGAAUGGGGUGAUGAUAUUCCUACUACCAAGGAAGCUUACUGGUACAGAUGCAAGUUCGACGACAUUUUCGGAAACAGUUCUGCGGCUGCUUCCACAGUGAUGAGAUGGAUUCCUAAAGCCGAAUGGGGCUGUCACGCCGACCCAUCUGGUAGAUAUGCUACCAUCCACGAACAAAAGGUGGACAAGGCCUAG